UAGGUUAGGUUAGGUUAGGUUAGGUUAGGUUAGGUUAGGUUAGGUUAGGUUAGGUUAGGUUAGGUUAGGUUAGGUUAGGUUAGGUUAGGUUAGGUUAGGUUAGGUUAGGUUAGGUUAGGUUAGGUUGGGGUGCUGGGUCGGAAAACCUCCAAGAGUGCCCUGGCUCAUUGUACGGUCACUUGUCCUGGUGCGGAUACGUCCGGCGGGAACGGUGGCUGACAAUGGCUGGGGCCUGGUGCAUCCUGGGCAACGGCGGUAAGUGACUUCUCGCUAUUUAGAGAUCUCACUUACUGACGGCUAAUCUUCCGACGCCGCGGGUGGGACGAGUUCGUGACGCACUAUUUGUGUUGCGGACUUGCCUGACUCGCUCUUCGUUUUGUUUCGUCUUCCUUUUUUUAUUCUUCGUUUUUGUUUUGUUUGUUUUAUUUUUGUUUUGAGUCUUUACUGUCGUCUUUUCUAUCUUCUGUUUUCUUUCUGUCGUUUUGUUUUUUCUAUCACUUUUCAUUUUCAAUUUCCUUUCGCCUUUCACGGGACCUUCCCCGUUAAAAAAGGAAAACAUGAGAAUGGCCAGUCGCAAAACUGAAUUCCCCAGGGCGGUACCGUCGGGAGACGGAGAAUCCGCCACCACCGCACCGGUUCAGCCGGGGGUGGUCAGCCCCGUGUAUCUGGGGGGGGCAACGGAAGGCCAGAGUGGAGUAGGAGAUGUUGUAAUGGAGGAGGUAGUAAUGGAGGCGGGACUGGCGACUACAGUCGUGCCAGUCAGGGCCAGUCGGAGUCUGGAGGUGGAUCCGGCGACGGAUGAGGAACUGGCCAGUCUUGCCGGCGAGAUCGACAGCAUGUUAUCGCGGUCGACCUCGAUGGCAAGUCUUUUCAGUGGAGAUGAGAGUGGGCUACUCGAGCGCCCCCGUUCUAGGCGCAAGAGACGAAUAUCCGAAACCGACGAUGGGUCGGCUACAGGAUCUGGAUGUGACACGCAGUCGGCCGCCAAAAAGGCGAGCGCGGCUAAAAAAUCAGCUAAGAGUGCAAAUCGGCGCAGUCAAUUCUGCGUUUCGUUAUACGAGGGCGGAAACACGGUGCCCCCGAAUACGUCCGAGCUGGAGAAGACUCUUCUCUCGGCGUCCAGUGGAAAAGGUCGUGGCACCGGAUUGGCGAAGGCGAAAGCCGACUUGGCUGCCGCCAAAAAUCGGAAUUUGGAACGUGAGGUUGCCCCUGCAGUGGCGGGCUCCUCCAGGAUGUCGGUGCAUUCGGAGUUCAAGAAACCCCCUCAGCCCGGGGGUCAGUUCACCGACCCCUUGGAGGCAGAGAUGGACGGCUACGUGAGCCACAUAUCGGAAACGGUGCGGAAAUGCGGUAACAUAAAAGGAACCAUAAUUAAAGAGAUUAAGUCCUCCCUGACCGGGAUCCGCAUCGUGACUGAGAAGAUGCUCGAGAGGGGCACCUCAGCCGAGUACGUCGAACUCCGGAAGGAGAAUGCUCGGCUGGCCACGGAGAUGGCGAACCAGCGCGUCAGAAUGGACGGCAUGCUCGAGGAGGCGAUCAAGGAUCGCAAAGAGAUGAAGGCGUUGCGGAUGGCACUUUCGUCAUCGGGCGGCGACCAGUCGGCCAACACCUCGGCCUACAGUGAGCUCCAGCGCGAACUAGAGCUAGUGCGCAAGGAAAAUGCAGAGCUUGCGGAGCAGUACGUUGCGGACCGUCGCGAGCUUCGUCGUCUGAGGCAAGAGCUGGAGGAGGCCAAGAAGGCUACACAGCCACCCUCAGCGUCUGCGGCCGCGGAGAGAGCGCCUGCCGCCCCGGCCCCUUUACAGCCGGGAGCGGUCCCUUCAGAAGAAGAGGGAAUGGAGGCAAGGAUUGUUCGGCAAAUCGGUGACAUAUUCAGUGCCCGGUUUGCCAUCAUCGAGGAACGGCUGGGCCAGGUCGGAGGACCCAAGCCGCCACGUAAGCGGAAAAAUCGCAAGAGAGCCUCACAGCCACCCACAAAUCGGGAUGUCGAGGAGGAUCCGAAGAGGAAUGGCCCGCCUAGACAGCCGGCCAAAGCCACUGAGACGGGUGCAGACGCUGCUCCCUUACCGUCGACAAGCAAUAUGUCGGAGGGGUGGUCGACGGUGGUUCGACGGGGCAAGCGGCCCAAGGCAACAAAGCCGCAGGCAGAUCCCGCCAGACAGACGGCACCUAAAGAGGCGGCGCCCGCCAAACAACUGGCCGGCAAGAAAAAGAAGGGAAGGCGGAGGCGAUUCCGUCAACCUAAGUCACAUGCAGUAGUCCUGACCCUGCUGCCUGAGGCUGAGGAGAGAGGAUUUACCUACAAGGACGUGUUCAGGAGGUAUAGGCUGGGCGUCACACAGGCGCGCAUCUUGGAAGUGCCAGGCGCCGACUCAGGCGAUAAGGCAGAUCUGUUGGCGACCAGGCUGACAGAAAUUCUGCCGGAGGGAAUAGUCAAGAUCUCGAGGCCGAUGAAGACGGCGGAACUGCGCAUCGGAGAUCUUGACGACUCGGUCGUUCCAGCGGAUGUGGUCGCCGCGGUUGCGCGGGAAGGGGGUUGUGGCGAGGCCUCUGUCAGUACGGGGGAGAUCCGUCGCAGUCCUUCGGGUGCCGGCACUAUCUGGGUGCGCUGCCCAGUAGGUGCAGCCAGAACACUGGCCAAGGCGGGCCGGAUUAAAAUUGGCUGGGUGAUGGCGCGGGUUCAACCUCUGGAUCCGCGCCCCUUGCGGUGCUACCGCUGCCUGCUCUUAGGGCACGUAGCACAGCGGUGCACCGCGAGAGUCGAUACCGGCGGAGGCGUCCUAUGCUUCCGCUGUGGGCAGGCGGGCCACAAGUCCGCAAAUUGUGAGGCGCCAUCUCCAAGAUGCGGCGUAUGCGCCGCGGCCGGCAGAAAGGCGGACCAUAGGGUGGGUGGCACGGCCAAGUGCAGCCAACCGCGGAAGGCUCGAGCUUCGGCACGAGAUGGCCGCGGGGGCGGCGGCGGAUGGCGGGAAUCAUCCGGCGCCCAGAAGAGACAGGAGAUCCGAGAGUCGGAGCGCUGCGUAUUCCCGGCGCUCCACUCGAGAGGCCCGAUGGGGCAGCGCCGCUGGUGGUAUGGAUGA